AGGCGUGCCUCCGUUGGGAGGACAAGCCUUGUCUCGUCAUACUUACUUCUUCUCCUCACCUCCCGCCCCCAGCGCCGUGUUUCCAGCCUCUCCAUUACCCGGCAAGGAGAGGUUGCACGUCGACGGACGCCAUCAAUCGCUGCUCCUGUUGACUCGUCACCAGCCACAGCUGACGCUCCGACCGUCGAUCACCCCACAGAACGCGACCGCGAUGGCUGAAGGGUCAAUCAAGUCGCGGAUUGCGGCAUUGAACCUCGAAGAAGUGCAUACUCCUGUACCGGGAGCCAAACCGACGUAUUCUUAUGAUGCCUCCACUGCUAAGAGGAAGCCGCCUCCGCCUCCGCCCAGCUCGCGCCCGCCCGCCUACUCGCGCCAGACAGUCAACAACCCACCAGUCCUCAGCAAUGCGCCCACGUCGGCGCGACAACUCGGCAACCAGCCCAUGGUAGUGCACGAAUCCGAAAAACCCAAAGUCUCGCCCGCGCUACCUCCUCGCCCACCUCCGCGCAACGCCAGUACGCCUCGGCCAUCACCAGCACUGGCACCGCGCAAGGCGUCCGAGCCAAGCGUGAGGAAGCGCGAGUCGUCUGAGUCGAUUUCUACCAUCGCUUCGGGCAUAUCGACACUGUCACUGGGCUCUGUCAAGACAAACGGGACAAGUCAUAGCAAUGGAAGUACUGGCACACUUUACCAGGUCAGGGCUCCAGCCUACGAUCCGUCAAAGCUGCCACCACUGCCAGCCAAGAAAGCACCCGAAGACCCCAAACAGAGCAAGGCGACGCUUAACGCAAUGAAGAGUAAAAGAGAUUAUGUGCCAGCUCAGGCGCUGCCACCCAAGCUGAAGACCCCUAAUCUUCCAGCAAGACCCUCCCUCCCUCCUAGACAGUCCAUCACUCGCGAGCAAUCGCCUCGGCCUGUGCCAGCGUUGCCACAGAGGCAAUCUUCAAACGACACCUCCCGCACCAACAGAGCGAUCGCACCACCGCCACCACGACGAUCGGCGUUGGAGAUGGGGUUCAACAAUAAGGCUCCAUCGCCUCCUCCUGUGCCUUCAACUCGGCCAGCAGCUGUUUCUUCUGACUCAGCACCGAAUCUUGGAGCACCGCCACCCGUCCCAAUGUCAUCAAGACCAAACCUCAGCGCAAUCAUGGCUUCCAAGCCGAAACCAGGUGCAGUUGCAAGUUGCCUUGUGUGUCGGGACUUUUCAGGACCAGACAACCAUGCUGCGCAGUUUCCUCGUGCUCAACUCCCCUCUUCCGAUGUGGGUUGGCUUGCUCAUCAACUGUGCUCUCAAUUCUCCUCACCUACUGAUAAAGCGCGAGCUAUAUUCACUUGGCUGCAUCACAACGUUGACUACGAUGCUCAUUCGUUCUUCAACGGUACCAUUUCGCCUUCUACCCCCGAAAAAACUAUCGCAUCAGGCCUGGCAGUAUGCGAGGGGUACGCCGGUCUCUUCGCUGCUCUAGCUCUGAAAGCAGGUCUCGAGGCUAUGGUAUGUUCCGGUGCAUCGAAAGGCUACGGCCAUUCACCUCUGGAGCCUGGACAAGCUGUGCCACCCUACAAAUCAACACAUGCUUGGAAUGCUGUCAAAAUCGACAACGGAGAAUGGAAGCUCAUCGAUUCCUGUUGGGGAGCUGGAGCGCUUGGGUGUCAGAACCGUGGUGAAGGAUACAUACGGUCCUUCAACCCUCGCCAAUUCACCAUGGACAACAACGAGUUUGGGUUAAAGCAUUACCCGGGGGAGGCUUCUCACCAAUUCCGUACUGAUGGACGCAUUAUGUCAUACGAAGAGUUUAUGCGAGACGAUCAAGGUGGACGCGUUCUUAUAUUCGGUGACGCCUCCAAGGAACAUGGCCUUGGCGAGCGAACAUUCGAACCAUCACAGGCACAGAUCAAAGUAAACGAUCCAUACGCCCCGGCGGUUGUUCGAUUCCAAAUGUCUUCGGUCUGUCCGCACUGGGACAAUGCGCGCCAUGGCAAGGGUGCGCCCUACGUUAUGCUUCUGAGCGUUGCCGGUAGAGACGGGCGGAAACCGGACUACAAGACGUUCAACACGGACGGGCGCACUUGGUGGCUCGACGUACCUCGCAUCGACCUCGGUGCACCGGGCCAGAAGAUUUCCCUUAAUGCAGUUACGGUCUUCAACGACAAGGAUGCGCGUGGCAUGAGCGUUGCUGCUUGGAAUAACAAGACGGCGUACUCGUGCAAGUUUGGGGGCGUAGCCCAAUGGGAGCUUGUUUGAUGGGACACUGGAACAUCGCGAUUGACACGACGUAGAAGUCACUCGUGAUGAUGGAAUUAUUGUAUGGAUACCCUGGAUUUGAUGCGCUUUGCUUUUGGGCGAUGAUGCAAGCUUCUUUAGACAAACACGCGUAAUGAACAAUAAUUAUUCUUCCUUCUG